AUGGCCUUUGGAUCAGUCCGCCAACUUCUGAGUGUCCUGCUUGUGACGCAGUCAUUGACUACUCUGGUGGCCGCUCAAUCAUGUUGGAAUCAACGCACGGCAAUCAAUGGCACUGCCUUCCCACCUUUGAUUGAAGCUACCACAGAAGACCUCAUCCGCGGGCUGGAAUCGGGCUUGUUCACAAGUGUCGACCUUGUCACGGCAUACAUUGCGCGCAUCACGCAAUUGAACUCAACUUUGCAUAUGGUGACCCAGCUCAAUCCCGAUGCUCUUUCCAUCGCAGCCGAACUAGACUCUUUACGAGCGCAAGGCACUGUUCACGGCCCACUCCAUGGCAUACCGAUUCUGAUCAAAAACAAUAUUGCCACCGCUGAUGCAAUGGACAACACAGCCGGCUCUUACGCGCUCGCUGGCGCCAAGGUUCCUCGAGACAGCACAAUCGCCGCCAAUCUUAGGAAGGCGGGAGCUGUGAUUCUGGGGAAGACCAACUUGAGCCAAUGGGCGAAUUACCGUUCCUUCAAUACGAGUAACGGCUGGUCGGCGAUUGCAGGGCAGACCAUCGGGGCUUAUUUUCCUGGUCAAGAUCCAAGUGGCAGCAGUUCUGGCAGCGGUGUUUCGUCUUCUUUGGGAUUGGCCUUGGCUGCCUUGGGCACUGAGACGGAUGGCAGUAUCCUGAGUCCGUCGGACGUCAACAACCUCGUCGGCAUAAAGCCUACUGUCGGAUUGACGUCUCGUGACCUGGUUGUUCCUAUCUCUGAACAUCAGGACACCGUCGGGCCCAUGGCUCGGACAGUUAAAGAUGCGGCAUACGUUCUGUCGGCGAUAGCAGGAAAGUCACCUUACGAUAACUACACAUCUGCAAUUCCCUUCGACACCAUUCCCGACUAUGUAGCGGCAUGCGACUUUUCGGCCUUGCAGGGAAAGAGGAUCGGCGUACCGCGAAAUCUCAUCGAUCUGUCCUUUGACGCUACAGCUGCGCCGAUCGUGCCUGUCUUCAACGCCGCGCUGGACGUUCUUCGCUCGGCAGGAGCGACUAUCAUCGACAACACCAACUUCACUGGCUACGAUGCCCUCAAUGAAGGCAACUUCUCCAAUAUCGUUCUUGAAGCCGAUUUCAUAAGCGAUCUUGCGAACUACCUCUCGGAGCUCUCGUACAAUCCCAACAAUGUCCACUCUGUGGCAGACGUUCGCAAUUUUACCCAUUCGUUUCCUCUGGAAGAUUGGCCGGAGCGCGACACGUUGGUCUGGGACGGCGCGUUGGAACUUGGUUUCAAUAACACUUCUCCGGAUUUCUGGUCGAACUACACCAUGAAUACUUAUUUGGCGGGCCCACUUGGAAUUACCGGCGCGCUUGCCAACUACUCCCUGGAUGCCCUGGUGUUGCCCACGGAGUUUUCUCCCAAUUUCCCUGCUCUGAUCGGAUCGCCCGUCGUAACGGUCCCUCUUGGAGCCUUCCCUCCUGAUACACCAGUCACUCCAAAUGGGUUUGGUAACCUGAACGCCACCGCACCAAACCUCCCUUUCGGAAUCAGUUUCAUGGGGCCUCAUUUCAGUGAGGAAUUACUCAUCGGGUUGGCAUAUGCAUUUGAGCAAAGGACUCUUGUGAGGAACACUAUUACGCCCUACAUACAAGCCACGGUGGAGCUUGUUGACGUGAUCAAUACGAGGCUGAACAUCACCCGGACCUAG